AUGACCGAGGCAAAUGAAAUCAUCCGACCGUUUCUCUUUGCGGUUCGCGUGGCCCUAUUGAUCAGUGCGGUAAUCGUCAUGGGUAUUACCGCGUGGGCGGUCACCCAUCUAAAGAACUAUCGGACAAUCUUCACCUUGGUCGUCGCAGUACUCAGCACAGUUCUUUAUAUUCCCUCUGUCUUUACUUCAUGCAUGCAGCGCAACCGUGGAUAUAUGAUUCCACUGGAUAUUGUCUUCUAUGCGCUAUGGCUAGCUGCUUUUAUAUUCGUUGCGCAAACCAAUGGCACCUUGAGUUUUGACAAUGCCGGGUGUCGUUACUAUGUUUGGGACUUGAACAGUGGCUGCGCGAAGCGAAAUGCCAUCGAAGCGUUUACUUUUCUGUCCCUUCAUUCUAAUAGAUAUCACAGCUUCUGGACCCUCUGUGGCUUAUGCCUGGAAAUCUUAAACGUUUAUCUGCAGGGCCGAUCUGUGGAUACACCCUCAGUUCCUCAUCCCGAAAAACCAAUCCAUGACGGUCCUGAAUCUUCUACUCCAGGUGAUACCGAAAGAAAUCGUACAGUUCCUACUACGGGACAUGUACCAGCAAUGAAUGAAGAACAAAAUGGAGUUUGA